CUGAAAUCAAUACUAACCGUUGGAUGAAUAAGAUCCAACGACCCAUACAAACAUGAAUCUUCUCAAUGUCCUUAUAAACCUCACGGUCUGCUCCUCUUUCUCCUGACUCUAUAUUUUCGCCGAUCUUCUCAGUGUAAGAAAAGAUUGUAGAAUAUGGGAAAGUGCUACCCAGCUGUGAGUGAGGAGUACCAGGCUGCUGUUAACAAAUGCAAAAGGAAACUUAGGAGCUUGAUUGCUGACAAAAAUUGCGCUCCAUUGAUGCUUCGUCUAGCGUGGCACUCAGCUGGUACUUAUGACCAUAGCACCAAGACUGGUGGCCCUUUUGGAACAAUGAGACUCAAGGGCGAGCUAGCUCAUGGUGCCAACAAUGGGCUUGACAUUGCUGUUCGGCUUUUGGAGCCUAUCAAGGAGCAGUUCCCUAUCCUCUCGUAUGCCGAUUUCUAUCAGUUGGCUGGAGUCGUUGCUGUUGAGGUUACAGGAGGGCCUGAUGUUCCAUUUCACCCAGGAAGGAAGGAUCUUGCGGAGCCACCGGUAGAAGGGCGUCUUCCGAAUGCUACCUUGGGAAAUGAUCAUUUGAGAGAUGUGUUUGUUAAACAUAUGGGACUCUCUGACAAGGAUAUAGUUACUCUGUCUGGCGGCCACACUCUGGGAAGGGCUCACAAGGAGCGAUCUGGGUUCGAGGGACCCUGGACCAGCAAUCCUCUAAUCUUCGAUAACAGCUACUUUAAGGAACUCUUGACUGGGGAAAAAGAAGGGCUUCUGCAAUUGGCCACUGAUAAAUCUCUUCUUAAUGAUCAUGUUUUCCGCCCUCUUGUUGAAAAAUAUGCUGCGGAUGAGGAUGCUUUCUUUACUGAUUACGCAGAAUCUCACAUGAAACUCUCUGAACUAGGAUUUGCCGAAGUCUAGAGCUAUUGGUCAACAAAAUAACUACGGAAGGAAAAAAAAAACUUGGUGCUUAUAAAUUUCAUAUUAUGUAAUAGGCUUGAAGAAAAUUGAAAGUGAACUUCAUUAUUGUGGCAUGAACUUUGAGAAAGAAGUUGUGAGGCAACAAUGAAAAACAAAAAAGAGGAUGCCGUAAGAACUACUUCUUUCAUUUAAAAAAAAUAAAGUGGAUGCCCCUUUUGAUUAU